AACAGUUUUAAAUAAAGAAGUUCUUGGAAGAGAAUGUUUUUCAUGUGCUUAUCGAUUGAGAACUACAUCAAAUAGCAACCGAGUGGCAGACAGGUGGUGACAUCAUAGACAAUGUCUGAUGAGGACCGUACCGAGGGGGGUGUAGGUGAAGACAACCCAACAGCUGCUACCACACAGACGUAUGACUUUCAUGCAUUUCGGAAGAAGCCGAAGAUUAGAAAACAAACCGACGACGAAGAAAGUACCGUGGAUAAAUGCUGCUCUGUGAUUUCUCUGCUCCUGUUUGGCAUAGUGACACUUGUCAUCAUUAUCGCGGGUGUUACUUCCUAUAGGAUCCUCAUUGUUGUAUCUAUUUCGAAAAUAAAAGAAAACAGGACAGAUACAUAUUAUCAUUUCACUGGCAGCAUAUCAGACAAUGUUACAGCGCUUGAUGCUGAAAACUUUGAAAAAAUCGAGAAACUUAGAUGGUACUGUCUGUUGCUCGGAAGUAUGCUUGCGCCCGUUGUUCUUGGAUUCAUUGGAUCUGUUACAUCCGCCUGCUUUCAAUCAGCACGUAAAAAAGGGACAAAAUUCAUGGUACAGGGCUUUUCUGACCAACCGCCGGACGCCUUCGAUUCUGAGGACCGAAAAAUGCCGCUUGGAGCAUUUGCAAAAAGGAUUCUUUUCCUAAUUGUUCUCACUGCCAUUCCUGAAAUCCUGCAUACGGGUGGGAUGUGCUUGUUCGUUUUCAAAGCGCUUCCUGAAGUCCAUACGCUGGACAUCAUGCCCUUAUUCUACGCCACAGGCUUUGUACCCGCUUUACUGUUGCUGAUUCUUCACAUCAAAUCCGACAGACAGUCCCGUGGGAUGAAGAUUCGCGACAUUUUGCUUGACAUAUUGGUGGUAUUAAUUCAGUUAGGAUGCGUGGUGUUCAUUUGCAUUCCCUGGAACUGGGAUUCACAAAGCCUUCGCAACUUUGCGCCAUCGAGAGAUUGGACCUUACCGGUCGCAAUUCUGCUAAUUUCGUUCGGUUGGUGGGAAAACUUCGUCAAUACCGAUGCAAAGAAUUACAUUUCAAUACCUAUCAAGAACUUUAAAACAGAAAUGAGAAGACACAGGUCGCUGAUUUAUUCAUACGUUAUGUUUUUUAAAAUGAUUGCAACAUUAUGCUUCACAUUAGGCAUAUUGUACUGGAACGGAUUUUCCGUAGAAGACGUUCAGAGAUUUUUUACCUCAGAUCAAUACGUUCAUGAAACGGAGAGAGUGGCCUUAAUAAGCGUUGGUUGUAUUCUAGGUUUUGCUGCCUUGCUAUCUUAUUUAUCCAUAUUCUUAACAUGCACCAUGGGAAUUCCUAAGCUCGGCUACAUCUGUGUUCUGAUAUCCAUGGCUGCGUCCCCUUUAGUUGUAUUCAUACCUCUGUGCAGUAAGGAGACAUUGGCUUUUAUUGAGAGAUACACGCCUGACCAGACACUAGGGGGUGUCAUACGUAGAUGGCUGGUGGGCAGCCUAUCGCCCAAUUGUGAUCCCAACAAUCCCGAGCACCUUUGGGCUCAGGUUGGACUGUAUAUCGCCCUUCUCCUUUCUCAUCUUUUUCUAAAUAGACAUGUGUGGAAUUCUCUUGGAAAAACUGCCAUACCCUCCUUGAAAUGGAUAUUCAUCCAGCCUCUGUACUGCGGUAUUCUCCUUGAGCAGUCGUUCAUGUUUCGCAGACGACUGCCAAAAGAUGUUGAUGUUGAUGGGAACGAUGUGGAUGCUGUCGAGGAUGUUGCACACAUCCCUUCCUGUGAAGAUGGGAGUGAUGUUGAUUCUGCCGAGGAUGUUGCACACAUCCCCUCCGGUGAAGAUUCAGGGAAAAAGAAACCAAUGGUAUACGCUUGUGGAACCAUGUGGCAUGAAUCCGAGAUUGAAAUGCGACAAAUGCUUGCCAGCAUUAUAAGACUCGAUGGCGCUGUCAAAAAGGAAGAUUCUAUCUUCGACUAUGAGACACACAUAAUGUUCGAUGAUGCUUUCACGUAUACUAUUGAAAACAUGAAGGAAACCAAAGACGCCAGCUCCCGUAAAGAUGCACCCGAUCCUAGAAGUUCAACCCAUGGAACUAAAGAAGAAGUCAAAACCCAAUACAAACGAAGGAUUGUAAACAACCACGUUAACAGUUUUUUCCGAAUAAUACUUGAGGACGUAUUCAGGCAAGAUGUUGAUCAUGAAAUUGUAGAAAGGGUCAUGAAGGAACUUAGCAAAGCAUCCCGAGCUUCAGAUGAAGAACACAGUCAAACAGAACCAAAAACACCCGCGACUGAAACAAAUGCUGGGCAUAAAGCAGCUUGGGAGGAUAGAAGAUCGGUAUCAAAAAGUUCAUGUGGCACUGUACAGAUGCAAACAUCCACGUCUGUACAUGUAAAUGGCAAUACACACAACCCAGCAACCUGCCUGAAAGUUACCAGGACGCCAUAUGGUGGAAGACUUGAAAUUAAGAUGAAUAACACUACCUUGUAUGUCCAUUUAAAGGAUAAAGAUAAAAUUCGACACCGAAAACGAUGGAGCCAG